CUAUCUGAAACCAUAGAAUCUCAGGAGACUUCCCAGAGAGGCACAAAAAUAAGCUCAAAAGUUAUUGAUACUCAACCACAACCCUGGCCUACGCAACCAUGAACAUCCGCUUCCGGCCGCCACGCUCCGUCUCAUCUCAGAGAACUACGUUAUGCUCUAGCUACCAGGGCCGCCGCUCUAUGCUACUCGGGAGGACUGGCUCACUUUACGACUCUUGCUGCCGGAGUACGGCACUUUCUGGUUCCUUACUCAAUUCACGUUCAACAUGGCGUCGGGCAGCGGGACUAAAAACCUGGACUUCCGUCGGAAGUGGGAUAAAGAUGAAUAUGAGAAACUUGCAGAGAAACGGCUCACGGAAGAGAGAGAGAAGAAAGAUGGCAAACCAGUUCAGCCUGUCAAGAGGGAACUUCUGCGGCACCGAGACUAUAAAGUGGAUCUGGAAUCCAAGCUGGGGAAAACCAUUGUCAUCACCAAAACUACCCCUCAGUCAGAGAUGGGAGGAUAUUACUGUAAUGUAUGUGACUGUGUGGUGAAAGACUCCAUCAACUUCUUGGAUCACAUCAAUGGCAAAAAGCAUCAGAGGAAUCUGGGCAUGUCCAUGAGGGUGGAGCGCUCCACGCUAGAUCAAGUGAAGAAACGCUUUGAAGUGAACAAGAAGAAAAUGGAGGAGAAACAAAAGGAUUAUGACUUUGAGGAGAGGAUGAAGGAGCUCAGAGAGGAGGAGGAAAAGGCCAAAGCCUAUAAGAAGGAAAAACAGAGAGAGAAGAAGAGGAGGGCAGAGGAAGACUUGACAUUUGAAGAGGAUGAUGAAAUGGCAGCCGUGAUGGGUUUCUCUGGCUUUGGCUCUACCAAGAAGACUCACUGAUCAGCUCUGGACUUUCCCCUUUCUUGAUAAAGAUUGUUUAUACCUCCAGGACUCUGGAAAACUCUUUAAAGACUUGACAGAGAAUUUGUAUGUAAUCUCCCACUAGACGUUGGCUGGAGGAGUUGGGAAGCAAUUCCACGCUCAACCUGUGCUGCAGAACAAGCUUUGUCCCCAGUCAUUAGUGCCCUACUGCCUGCAGAGAUACUAUAACCUUAGCCUUGCUGGCAAACUUCCAAAUUCCAAAUAAAGAGACCUUUCAAUUAGCCUCUUCUCCACAAACUCCCCUGUCCCAUCCUGCAGUAAAUUCUGUGGAGUUCUCAUGGUUUCUGUCUUUGAUUCUUUUCAUCUUUUGUGAGGAGUCUGCAAGCUGAAUGUUUCUUCUGGAAACCCCGUUGGCCUUUAGCCACCUCAUCCUUUGUACUAGUCCUGGCUGCUUGUCACUCUAUGUUCUGUGCCCGUGUGUGUGUGUGGGAGGGGGGGGGAACAUUCUGUUGGGUACCUUUUAGUGUUAAACUAAUAAAAUUCUGUACAGAUGGUGUGGUUCAGGAAUUGCUCGUCCAGCUGAGAAAUGGGUAUAUUUUUUGUUUGCUUAAAAUACAGAGAAUUCUUUACAUUUUUUUAGAUAUGUAACUAAAGGAAUUACACUGUAAUAGUGUUAAAUAUGGAUGGCGUAGGUUGAAUUUUUAUUUCUUUUGCUGAGAAGAGCUUGAUGCUUUUUGGACACUGCGUUUGCUGAAACUUCUUUUUGUAUUUUAUCUGCAAUGGACUCUAUUUUUAUUUUCACUGUUUUUCCUUGUGUUCAGUGGUGUAAUCACAAUUUCUUUAGCGUAGGUAAGAAAUACCUUUCUCGGAUUUACCUAGGAUAGAGCUAAAGGGAAAACAGCAGAGAAAUAUGUGGAAUUUGCCUAAAAUAAAUUUUUUUUGUUGGAAACUA